AUGCCUGAAUUUGACGAUGACGAAGAUCGCGAUCUUGCUGGCUCUCAAGAUGGCAAUUCUGACGACGACAACGACGAGACGAUGCGCGAUGUUGACGACGCUGACAUGGAUGGAGACGGCGACGGGGACGGGGAUCUAGAUCAGGACCAGGAUGACGAUGUCGACGGUGAUGGCGAAGCCGAAGGCGAUGAUGAUGGUGACGGUGAUGGAGGCGGGGACGACGACGAAGAUCCUGACAGCCAACAGUCCGACAAUGAAGACCAGACCGGUGAACCCGACUCUAACCUUGCAGACAACACGCAGCAGUCUCUCGCCGAGCAGCUUGAUGCCUCUCGUGAUGCAGAAGCCCGGCGUAUAGUUCUCCCAGAGAUGCUGAAUGCUUCAUCGUAUGACAUUAUUCCUACCAUGGCGGCUCCGAUGAGCACAUCUGUCAACACAAUAUGUGCAACUUUCGACACAAGAUGGGUUUUCACCGGCGGGACCGAUGGAUAUAUUCGCAAGUACAAUUGGGUUGAUACCGUCAACAACAAGCUCGCUCUAACCGUCGCACAAAGGCACCCCUUUGUGGAUAGUGUCGUGAAGGCAGGGGUGCUGAUGACGCACUGGGAGAAUUGGGACGUCAAAAAUCGGCCGGCAGGUGCUUUGGAAGCACAGACAUCGCAAACUAUCUCCCCAGUAUACUCCUUGGCCUGUCACAGCCAGGCGCUCUGGCUACUCGCCGGUACCGCAUCUGGAGCCAUCCGCCUCCAAUCUGUUCGGCACGACGAAGGAAAGGAGAUUGCGCUCCUACAAAAGCACACUUCAGCAGUUUCGGUGCUUGCUCUAUCUUCAGAUGAGAAGAGCCUGCUGUCUGGCAGCUGGGAUAAGUCUGUUCUUGACUGGGAUCUAGAAGUUGGCAAGGUCCGAACCUCAUUCGCCUCGAGUGCUAGUCAGAUCUCGUGUAUCGAGUCACGGCCAAUAUCGAGUCUUCCUGUCCCUGUGGAGUUGGGCGAGAGUGUGACCGUCAAUGGCUUUUCCAGUUCCAAGAGAGAUGAGAGCCUUCCAAACGGCGUCCACAGCCGUGCUGGGAGCCAGCCUCCUACAGCAGGAGAGGGCAAAGAAAGUCCAGACUCUUUGUUCGGUGGUGAUGAAGGCGAUGAUGACCUUUUUGGCGACUCUGCUGGUGCGGUCAUCGGUAAUGGGGGAGAGCUAGAUGCAUUUGGAGAGGACGACGACAUGCAGCGUGCCAUGGCAAAUGGCCCCCCAGUGGUUGAUGCGGGCGAUCACACCACGGCCGAGAAUAGCGACCAACUUCAGCCUGUACGACCACACGUUCCAGACCAAAUCCCCGACGACACUCAGUCCGACCAACAUCAAACAAAUGGUAUCUCCGGCACAGGCGAACACCCCAUGACCAACGGCAUGCCACACAUUGAUCCUAUGGAAGACAUCUCACAGUCGGAGCAAGGUCAAGACUCGAGUUCUUCAGUGACCUCGGAUUCCACAUUUCUCGCUACAUCGAUAGACGGUGCCAUUCGUGUAUGGGAUCGCCGACAACCAAACCCUGUGGCACGAAUCGUGCCACGAAACACCCCUCCUUGGUGCUUGAGUGCAUGCUGGUCUCCGGAUGGCAACUACAUCUACGCUGGGCGCCGGAAUAACACUGUCGAGGAAUACGACCUUCGGAAAGGGCUCAAGGGACCAGAACGAGUCUUGAGGUUUCCACAUGGAAGUGGUGCAGUCACUGCGGUGCGAGCCAUGCCAAACGGGCGACACUUAAUCUGUGCCUCAUUCGAUAUCUUACGACUAUAUGACCUCAAAGAGUCUAAUGCGGCCCGCUCAACGGUCCCCUUCUUGAUCGUUCCAGGUCAUCGGACUGGCGUCAUCUCACAGCUGUACAUUGAUCCUGCUUGUCGAUUCAUGAUGUCGACAGGAGGCAAUAGGGGCUGGGAGGGUGCAUCGACCGAAGUUCUGCUGGGCUAUGAGAUUGCAGCUUCUGCGUAG